UGCGCGGGCCUCUAUAGCCUGCGCCUCGGUUUCCGAGGGGGGCCUGGUUGGAAGUUGCACCGCCACCUUGCCGGUCGGAGCAGAAUGGAGGAAGCGCCGUCCGGCUGCCUCCGCGCCCGGUCUGGGGCUCCGCGCCUCAGUUGGCGGCUGUAGCCGCCGCGCGGUUGUCCAGUCGGAAAAGAUGACCAAACUUAAGGGCUUUGACUUUUGGAGAAAGACACUGAAUGGUGCCCACUUUGUGGUUGCUCCCAUGGUGGAUCAGAGUGAACUGGCUUGGAGACUGUUAAGUCGCCGCCAUGGAGCCCAGCUGUGUUACACCCCUAUGCUGCACGCUCAAGUCUUUGUCAGAGAUGCCAAUUACCGUAAGGAGAACCUAUAUUGCGAUGUUUGCCCUGAAGAUAGACCUUUGAUUGUGCAGUUCUGUGCCAAUAAUCCAGAAGUGUUUGUCCAAGCUGCCUUGUUGGCUCAGGAUUACUGUGAUGCUGUUGACCUGAAUUUGGGAUGUCCUCAGAUGAUUGCAAAGAGAGGUCAUUAUGGUGCAUUCCUGCAGGAGGAGUGGGACCUUCUUCAGAGAAUGAUCAUGUUAGCGAACGAGAAGCUGUCUGUUCCUGUCACGUGUAAAAUCCGUGUAUUCCCUGAUAUUGGCAAGACUGUGAAAUAUGCCCAGUUGCUGGAGGCAGCUGGUUGUCAACUCCUGACGGUCCACGGUCGCACUAAAGAACAAAAGGGUCCCCUUGCUGGCGUGGCCUCCUGGGAGCACAUAAAGGCUGUGAGAAAGGCUGUAAACAUCCCUGUCUUUGCAAAUGGAAACAUUCAGUGCCUCAGUGAUGUGGAACAGUGUAUUCAGAAGACAGGAGUACAGGGUGUCAUGAGUGCAGAGGGCAAUCUUCAUAAUCCGGCCUUGUUUGAAGGAAGAAACCCUGUAGUCUGGGAGAUGGCAGAGGAAUACUUGGAAAUAGUAAAACAGUAUCCUUGUCCUCUGUCUUAUGUCAGGGCUCAUCUCUUCAAGCUUUGGCAUCACACACUGCAAGUUCACCAGCAUCUUCGUGAUGAGUUGGCAAAAGUGAAGACCCUGGAGGGACUUACGGCUGUCAGCAGGGAACUGAAGUUACAUUGCCAGAAAGAAAUAGCACAGCUGAAGGAAGAAGAGAACCCAAAGGGUGGCUUGCCUUUCUUCCACUGGAUUUGUCAGCCCUAUCUCCGGCCAGGGCCCAAGGAAACAAGUAAGGAAAAUGGCACUGGUGGAACAGAAGGAAGUACACGUGGGAAACGUGCUCUGGAAGAUGAGGAAGAUGGGAGCUCAGAUUCUCUUUCAAAGAACAAACAAAAGAAGAAAUUAAGAAAUCCUAAUAAAACUUUUGAUCCAUCCUUAAAACCUAAAUAUGCAAAAUGUGAUCAGUGUGGAAACCCAAAGGGUAAUAAAUGUGUGUUUAACCUUUGCCGAGGAUGCUGUAAGAAAAGGGCUUUUAGAGAAACAGCAGAUUGUCCAGGUCAUGGCCUGCUUUUUAAAACCAAAUAUGAAAAAUCUCUUUUGUGGAAAAAUAGCCAAUCCAGUAUGGAACAGACUGAAGUAGCAACACAAGGCAGGGUGGAAGAGACUUUAUUGCUCAAAGAAGCUAUUGAUGGUGUAGCAUGAGGCCUGGGUCACUCUUCCUGGAUCUGCUCACUGGCCUCUGUCUCCCACUGGGCCAAAGAAAUCUCUGCUUCCAGACAGAGCAUAGCUGUUGAUGCCACAGAGCUGUCCUUACAUGAAUGACAAGUCUUACAGAAGGAAAUGUUUCUUUCUCAGGGAAAUAACCUGUCAUGGAAAUAAAAGGUUCAACGAAAGCUUUUUCAUCCUGUAUUUGAAAAAGUUUAAAGGACUGAGCUGGAAGUACUGGCCAUAAUGUGCUGUAAUGGAGACACCUCUAAGGAUUUGACCUGCCUGUUUAAAACUUUGUGUGUAGUUUUAAAAUUGGCAAAUAAAUCUUUUAUGAAAGAA